GUAGGCUAAUCAACCAAAGCCAGGAUGAGCUUAAGUCAGUCUAUAAGUAGGCUAAACGUAUUAUAUUCAUAUUAAAUGCAGAUGGCAACACUUGCAGUCGUUAGUCUACGUUAUCGUUGUGGCGGCUGGUGUUUAGGAGAGGAGUAUCUCACCUCUGGAGGGUAGGACAGGCUGCUUCUACUCACCCUGCCAGAUGACCUCAUGGUGGUAGUUCGAGAGGGAGGAGGAGCUCCACAGCGUUCCUUUGGACUAUCUUAGGAUCCAUGUGAAGAUAAGCUUAGAGAAAACUUUUCCACCCGGAAAAAUCAAUGACUUAAAACAGGGUGACGACGGCGAGGCGAUUCUCGGAAACAGCACCAUGUUCAAAUCGGUUCUGAAGAAGAACAGAGAAGGAGGAAAGGGGAGCAAGAAGGAAUCAGCUGGCGAUGCUCCAUCCGAGAGCAUCCCACCACACCCAUACACCCCGGAGGAGGUGCUGCGACUGACCAAAGGUGUGUCCAUGUCGCUGCCCUCCUCACCCCUCCUGCCCCGACAGACCUACAUGAUGCCCUCACGCGCCUGCAAGAAGUCGCCAGGACCAAUCAGAAAGCCCAAGUAUGUGGAGAGCCCUCGCGUUCCUGGAGACGCCAUCGUCUCAGCACUGAGGAAGGUUGCUGACAACAAGGAGUCCUCCCCCCAUAAUGAGCUGCGAGCUGAGAAAGAGCCAAGCUCCUCCUCCCCUGCCACUCAGGAACUGAUGACAAGGCUGGGCUUCUUACUGGGAGAAGGGAUCCCGGGCUCAGCACACAUACCUAUGGAAGACCAGAAUGAAAAGAAGUGCACUGUUUUAAUCACCACUCAGGGCAUCAGUCCCUGCUCCACUCUGACCAGCAGCACGGUCUCCAGUGCACGGACGGUCCUGUUCACAGGAGGUGGACCGGUGGUGGGGUGGCCUCCCCCCACACUCAGCUCCGGUCCUGGAUGCUCCAGCCCCUGCGGCACCAUCACCUCACCCAGCUCCACACUCGAGAGCAAGGACAGCGGCAUCAUAGCCACCAUCACCAGCUCGUCGGAGAAUGACGAGCGCAGCGGCUCCAGCCUGGAGUGGAGUCGCGACGGCAGCGGCAGCAGUAGCAUGAGGGGUGGCGCUCAGCCGCACGGGCAUCACGUGCCACACAUUGCCCGGCCCGACACCUGCUCGCCCGUGGCCGAGGAAGAAACCGCCAGCUCGUCGCCCGACAACGCCGCCACCACCACCACCAGAGCUGACUUGACCGCGACCUCGGCGACAGCAACAGCAGCCGCACCACUCUCUGUGGCGGUCUCCGCGUCGAUGGCCAUGCCUCCCACGUCCCCCACCGAGGGCCCCGUGCAGUAUCCCGCCCAGAGCUCCGCCGGCCUCAUGAUGCCCCGGCCAAACUCCGUGGCAGCAACAAGCUCCACCAAACUGGAAGACCUGAGCUAUCUUGAUGAGCAGCGAAACACUCCCCUGCGAACGUCCAUCCGCCUGCCCUGGCACAACACAGGAGGCCGGGCACCCCAGGACUCCAAAGCUCGCUUCACGCCCUACAAGCCGGCAGACAUCAUGCUCAAGCCGCUGCUCUUCGAGGUGCCCAGCAUCACCACCGACUCGGUGUUCGUGGGGCGCGACUGGCUCUUCCAGGAGCUGGAGGACGCGCUGAGGGGCGGCGAGGCAGCGUCAGUGUCGGAGAGCCGCGGUGCCGUGGUGGUGGGCAGCGUGGGCUUCGGCAAGACGGCCAUCAUCUCACGGUUGGUGGCGCUGAGCUGCCACGGCGGACGCAUGCGCCAGAUCGCCUCCAGCAGCCCCAGUGCCUCCCCCAAGGGUGGUAGUGGGCACUCGGACCUGCCCCUGUCCCAGCCCCCCCAGCCCACGCCGCCCCCCAGUGCCACCAACACCCUGAGCAGCAGCUGCCCCAGCACCCCUGAGCUCCAGCGCCGCAGGGAGGAGGCCGUCAGGCGCCUGGCUGCCAAGGUACUUGGCUACCACUACUGCCAGGACAACAUCGCGUGCCUGGUGCCAGAGUUCAGACAGGUGGCGGGCUUGCAGGGCGCCGGGCGCCGGCUUCACCUGAGUUCCCGGGAGCCGCAUCUGCAGAGCAUGCUGAGCCAGCCUCCCUGCCCCAGGACCCCUCGACACGCCUUCCGCCCUUGGCUGGAACCCCUGCCCAGCCUGAGCAAUGAGAGGAAGAUCCCCGAGGAGGACCUCAUCAUCCUGGUGGACGGCCUGAAUGAGGCGGAGUUCCACAAGCCCGACUACGGAGACACCAUUGCCUCCUUCAUCACCAAGAUCAUCGCCAAGUUCCCCCCGUGGCUUAAGCUCAUUGUCACCGUGCGGGUCAACUUACUGGAGAUUACAAGCCUGCUGCCCUUCACUAAGAUAUCCCUGGACGAGUACCCCGACAACAAGGACAUCGGCUCGGACCUGAACGCCUACAUCCAGUACCGCAUCAACGGUAGCAAAGACAUCAUGAACAACAUCUCGCUCAACGGCAAGGCCGACCCGCUGAUCGUGGGCAAGGUCAGCAGCCACCUGAUGUCGCGCAGCCAGGGCUCCUACCUGUACCUGAAGCUGACGCUCGACCUGUUUGAGCGCGGCCACCUGGUCAUCAAGAGCGCCAGCUACAAGGUGGUGCCCGUCUCGCUGGCCGAGCUCUACCUGCUCCAGUGCAACAUGCGCUUCGCCAGCCAGGCGGCGUUCGAGCGCUGCCUGCCCGUGCUCAACGUGGCGCUGGCCUCGCUGCAUCCCAUGACGGACGAGCAGCUGUUUCACGCCGCCAACGCCGGGAACGCGCGCGGCGAGCUGGCCUGGGAGGACUUUCAGCAGCGCGUGGAGCUGCUCGCCGGCUUCCUCAUCCGGCGGCGCGACAAGACGCGCAUGUUCUGCCACCCGUCCUUCCGCGAGUGGCUGGUGUGGCGCGCCGACGGCGAGAGCUCGGACUUCCUCUGCGACCCCAGGAGUGGCCACGCCCUCAUGGCCUUCAUGCUCUCAAGACAAGAGGGGAAGCUGAACCGCCAGCAGACCAUGGAGCUUGGCCACCACAUCUUAAAAGCACACAUUUUCAAGGGUCAGAGUAAGAAGACGGGUGUGUCCUCUAGUGUGCUGCAGGCUCUGUGGAUCAGCUGCAGCACGGACAGCCUCUCUGCUGCUUUGGCAUCCCUCAGGAACAUCUACACACCAAAUGUCAAGGUGAGCCGUUUGCUGAUGCUGGGCGGUGCCAAUGUGAACUACCGCACCGAGGUGCUGGGCAACGCGCCGGUGCUGUGUGUCCAGUCACACCUGGGCCACCUGGAGAUGGUGACGCUGCUGCUGGAGCACGGGGCGCGCGUGGACGUGGUGGCCGAGAACGGCAUGAGUCCGCUGUGCUUCUCCUCUGCCGCCGGACACCAGGGCCUGGUCAGCCUGCUCUGCAAGAGGGGAGCCAAGGUGGACCAUGUGGAUAAGAGUGGGCAGUGUGCGCUGGUCCACGCCGCCCUGCGGGGCCACCUGGAGGUCAUCCAGCACAUGCUGGAGCUUGAGUGGGGCGGCGAGGGCCCGCAGCAGAGCCACGGGCUGAAGAACAAGGCCCUCCAGCAGGGCCUCAUCGCCGCCUCCAGCAUGGGACACACACAAGUGGUGCGUGGCUUGCUGGCGUUGAGUAAUGAGCAUGCGGUGCAAAUUGAUGGCCAUGACACUCUAUGGGGAGAGACAGCUCUAACAGCAGCAGCGGGCCGGGGGAAGAUGGAUGUGUGUGGCGUGCUGCUGGAGGAGGGGGCAGUGGUGCAGCAGGUGAACCGCAGAGGGGUGUCCCCACUCUUCUGUGCCGUCAGGCAGGGCCACUGGCAGAUUGCAGACUUGUUGCUGCAGCAUGGCGCUGAUGUCAACGUAAGUGAUAAACAGGGCCGGACGUUACUGAUGGUGGCGGCCUGCGAGGGCCAUCUCAGCACUGUGGAUUUCCUGUUGUCAAAGGGGGCCUCUUUAACGUCCAUGGAUAAGGAAGGGUUAACGCCCCUGAGCUGGGCGUGUCUGAAGGGCCACAAGAAUGUCGUGCAGUUCCUCGUGGAGAAGGGCGCGGUCAUCGACCACACGGACAAGAAUGGCCGGACGCCGCUGGACCUGGCUGCUUUCUACGGCGAUGCCGAGAUUGUGCACUUCCUAGUGGAGCGCGGGGCGGUGAUCGAGCAUGUGGACUACAGCGGCAUGAGGCCGCUGGACCGGGCCAUCGGCUGCAGAAACACCUCGGUGGUGGUGACCCUGCUGAAGAAAGGAGCCAAGCUGGGCUACCGAACGUCUCCUUAUGAUCGAUCAGGAAACGCUGCAUGGGCCAUGGCGACGUCCAAGCCUGAUAUCCUCAUUAUCCUCCUGCAGAAACUCAUGGAGGAGGGCAACCUACUCUACAAGAAAGGGAAGAUGAAGGAGGCAGCUCAGCGGUAUCAGUACGCGCUGAGGAAGUUCCCUCGCGAGGGCUACGGCGAGGACCUCAAGGCCUUUAAGGAGCUGAGGGUGUCUCUGUACCUCAACCUGUCCCGCUGCCGCAGGAAAACCAACGAUUUUGGCAUGGCGGAAGAGUUUGCAACAAAGGCACUCGAGCUGAAACCGAAGUCCUACGAGGCGUAUUAUGCCCGGGCCCGAGCGAAGAGAAGCAGCAGGCAGUUCACGGCUGCGCUGGCGGACCUGCACGAGGCGACCAAGCUGUGCCCCAACAACCGGGAGAUCCGGCGCCUCCUGGCUCGGGUGGAGGAGGAGUGCAAGCAGAUGCAGCGCGCCCAGAGCAAACAGCAGGGGGCGAUGUGCGCGGCGCUGGUGGCGGCCGGCGGCCAGGACUCGGACCACGAGGCCGAACCACAGCCUCGGCCGCACGCUGGACGGACACCACCACCACCACGGAGCGUCGUUCAGCGCGAGGGACGGCAACGAGAACCCGCGAAGCGGGACAAAGCGGGCGAGGCCUGGGCGCGGCGCCCUACAACCAACCGGACGCUGGCGGAGGCGCGGGCUGGCUCGCCCCCCAUGGGCAGGCCGGCACACAAGUACCCGCCGACCCGCGACUCCAUGGCCCAGCCGGGGCCCCUCAUGCAGCCCACCAAGCAAGCGCAGAUCGUCAAGACCAACCAGCACAUGAACUCCCUCCAGGCAGGCGGCCGGCCGGCGGCUCGAUCCCAGUCCCAGUACGCUCCCUCCAGCCCCCUGCCCAGCCGACACAUGUCCAGCACGCUCAAAGCCGGACCGGGCAUCGACAUUAGCCCGCUGUUGCCCCCCAUCGAUGAGCCGGCGCCGGGCUUCGCCGAGCGGCUCUCCCUGGCCGCUCCGACCCACCACUGUGACUCUGAGGCUCUGUCGCCGUCCCAGCUCUACGGGCCCGGCUCGGCCAAGGCUCCGGAGCGGCUCUCGGCGCACUCGGCCUCCUCGCUGGACGCGCUGGCCUCGGGGGCACCGGGAGGCCCUGGCGGUUUGCCCCAAGAUCUGCCGAGGGACCCGUCCGGCAGCGCUGCCACAUCGACGUCCACCAGCGGCGGCUCUCAGGCGGGCAACAUGCGCGUGUCCAGCUCCACCAGCAGCCUGGCGUCCAGCAGCAGCCUCUCGGACAGCGGCAAGCUCCAGGGCCCUGACGUGCGCUCCAAGACCACCGCCGCCUCCUCGUCCGACAAGACCAAGCCGGUGCCCACAGGCUCCGACUACAAACCCAGGCCCUUCAUGGGCAUCAUGGACAAGACUGCCCGCUUUCAGCAACAGCUGCAGCAACAGCAACAACUGCAGCAGCAACUGCAGCAGCACCCGGGCCACCCUCCCCCGAGCCGCGGCUGGCAGAGCCACUCCUCGGAGGGGCUGGUCAGCCACAGCAUGGCGGCCCUGGGACUCCAGGCUGUCCCCUGCGAGCUGCCCUACAGCAAGCCGGCGAGCGCAUACCACCACGAGCAGCUGAAAGCUCCGUCUCAGGGCCUGUCCUCCGCCAUCUCCACCUCCACCUCCACCUCCUCCUCCGUUGGCCUGCACAACGGCAUGCACGCCAAGGAGUUCGCCGAGAAGUUCUGCCAAGUGGCCACCUGUUACAAGGAGUCGAAGCCAGCCAUGGCGCUGCCACACUCCUACCUGGACGGCAAACCCAAGCAGCCAGGCUUAGCCCGAGAUAAUCCCGCCAUUCAUGUAGCCUCGAUGAAACCAAAGCGAUCAUUUAUAGAGUCCAAUGUAUAGAGGUGUUCUUUUGCUCACCCACUGGAAGAGUAUAUCUCUCUAAAUCUCACAAGUACAGAACCAUGUCAUGGGCUCAGUUUGAUUUGUUUAGGUUUCAUUCUCAUACUCAUUUGUUGCUGUUUUUUGUUUUUAUUUUGCCAUCUGCCUUGAAUAUCCCUUUGGUUUUCGGCGUUGAGCUUUCUUGUUUAAUUAUGUGGACCAGAGACAGCUCUUUUUAACUGCUAUUUUGGACUCAAUCUGCACUCAUCGUCAGCCAGCAGCUUCUGUUACAGGACUAAAAGCUCCCUCUGAUUCAGCCAAGCUGGAGACAUUUGACUUGGAAACGCUCAAAUGUGCUGUCAUGUACUCUUAGCAAGUUUUUUUUUUCCCUCUGAUUCAGCCAAGCUGGAGACAUUUGACUUGGAAACGCUCAAAUGUGCUGUCAUGUACUCUUAGCAAGUUUUUUUUUUUUUUUUUUUUUUUUUUUUUAAAAGUGGUGCAACCUCGGUCAUAAACUGUGUCAAAUAGACCUCUGAGGAUGUGGUCAUUUAGUAAUCUAUAAUGGAUUUCUGUGUCUGUGGGAUUUUCUCAAUGAGAGAAAUAUACUAUCAGUUAGCUCUCGUGUAGUGCCAAAUAACGAAAGGAUCUUGGGCAAAACAGGAGCAUUUUCAGAGUGCGCCUAGCACCAGAGCUUGGUAGGUGUGAUCAUUCAAAACCCCUGAUGUUCUUUUCCCAUCAUGAAAAUUGCUUGGACACAGAACUCCAUCCAUGGACUUAAACUAUGGCCUCCUUUUGUAGUUGGUCCUCAGAGGUCUAUACAGUGCUCAAGUGUUGGGGAGAGGGGUGAUGAAGAGAGGGGAACAGGGCAAGCCUGUUGCCUAAGCACAGACGUGGGGCCGUAUCCCCCCCACCAAACAGUGAUGGCACUUUACUAGUGAACAUAAGCCUUUUCCAGUGCUUACACUACAUGUACAGAUAGAAUUCAGGUGUGGGGAUUGGCCCGUGUGUAUGUGUGUGUGUGUGUGUGUGUGUGUUUGCGCUCUGUUAGUGGUGCUGUUGUUGAAGGACACCAAUGCAUAGGUGGACAGUAGUGGCUUUACGAGAUGGGCAUUCCUGUGUUUUGUAAGAGGGUGUGCAUCCUCACUCCUGUGUACAUAGCUGAGCGAUAAUGUAUUUGUUGCCCUUCUUUAAAGUGAAGGUCUGUGUCUGUGUAAUUGACUUGUUCAAAUUAUGUGUAUUUUGAGUUCUAUUUUAACUUUUUUGGGG